GGCGCUCGCGGCAGCCUUCGGGGCGCGCGGAAGCGUCCCGCCGCCGCCGCCGCCAUGGCGGGCGGCGCCGCCGACGGCGGAGCGCAGGAGCCCGCGGCCGCCGCCGUGCUGCUGCUCAGGGAGUCCUUCCAGCAGCUGGCCUCUGUGCCGAGCGGACAGGGCGAGGGCUUGGCCUCCACGGCCCUGCCCGGGUGCCUGGUCUCCGAGCGGUUCCUGCAGCACACCGACCGCGAGGUGCGCCUGUGGACGGCGAGGUGCCUCGCGGAGGCGCUCAGGAUCCGGGAGCCCGGGCCCGGCUGGCUGGAGCUGGGCCGGCUGCCCGCCGUGUUGGGUCUGUUCGUGGAGCAGGUGGGGCUGCUUCUGGACCCCGCCGGCCCUGUCCGCGCCGGCGCCCUGGAGUUCGUGGAGCGCCUGGCGGACUGGGGCUCCGGGUCCGUCUUCGCGCUCGCCUUCCAGCACCCCGAUCCGGGCGGCCUGGUCGCCGCGCUGGUGGAGGCGUGCCUCCAGGCCGCCCGCGGGGAGCGGCCGGAAGGCGCGUCCGAGGCCGACGACCCCGACCGCGCGGAGCGCGCGCUCUGUCGCCUUGUGUCCAGCGUGCUGGUGGACGCCGAGGAGCUGCCAGCGCCAGAAAUAGCAGUGCUGCCCUUGAUCGACGAGCUGAAGCCUGCGCACAGCAAAUCGCCGGCGAGGCGAUUCGUGCGGUGCACCCUCGAGGAAUUGGCGAGGCGAGACGCGGCACUGGUUGUCGACCUCGCACUCCAGGCGCAGCUCUUCCCCACGGUAGCAGAGGAGGCGGAGUCGGUGGUGCCCCCACCUGAGGCAUACAAGCCGCUGCUGUCGGUGGUGCGCCAGCUCUUCGAGGUCGACCGGGCGCUGGUGGCUCGCACGUUGCCGAGGUUGGGCGCGCUGCUCCGCUGCAGGGACGCGGAGUGCCGCGGCGCGGUGACGCGCCUCUUUGGCAGGCUCCUCGCGCACCCCUUCGCCGAGGGCGGCGCGGCGCAGGCUGCGGCGCCCGCGGCGCAUCCGCUGCCGGCGCAGGCCGCGCUGCUGGCGACGCACCCGCUGCUGCUGGAGGGAUUCCUCGAGCGCUUCGACGACGGCGAGGCCCUGGUGCGGCUGGCCGCACUGAAGGGUGGCGCCGCACUGCUCGCGGCCGCGGCGGCGUUGGUGCGCGAGGGCCGCGUGCGCUGGGGCGGGGAGGCGCGGGGGCUGAUGGGUGGCACGGGCGACGACCAGGCGCUCGUCGACGCCGCCGGCGAGGCGGCCGCCCGGCUUGUGCAGCGGCGGCUGGAUCCGGACGAGGGCGUCCGGUUGCGGGUGGUGGAGGUCGCCACCGAGGCCGCGGAGGGCGCGCGGUCGGCUGACGAGCUGCGGUUGGUGGAGGAGGCGCUGCCGCUCAUCUUCGAGCGCGUGCUGGACAGGCGGGGGCCCAAGCUCCGGGAGGCGUGCGCCAGGUGCAUGGCGCAGCUCUUUGCCAAGCACGCACGGAGCCGGUGGACGAGCGGCGAGGAGGCGACUGGCUGGGAGUGGGUGCCCCGCCUCCUGUGCCAGGCGUACUCCGUUUUCCUCGCGAGCCACACGGGGGGCGUGGCGCUGCUGGAGGAGCUCAUCGAGGUGCACCUGUUGGGCUGCGCGAUGGCGGGCGAUGCGGCGUCCCAGGCUCGGGCCCUCCGUGGGCUCUUCGAAGCCGCCUGCGAGCAGGAGGACUCAGCCGCUGGCUUGCGGCUCCUGCUCUGUCGGAAGCGGGACGCCAACGCUGCCCUGUGGCAGUUUCUGAGGCGCCGAAGGGGGCACACAGGCGGCAGGCUACAGGACGCCGCUGCGGCGGCGGACGCCCUGGCGUGCUGCAAGGCCGAGGGCGGACAGCUCGUCCAGGCGGGUUCGGAGGCGGCCCUGGCCCUGGAGGCUUUCGGGCGCUUCAACCCACAGCUGGAGGAGCCCCGGGCCAGGCUGGAGGCGCACCUGGAGGCGCUGGGCGCCCUUGAGGCGGUGAAGGACCGGGCGGUCUGGGACCACCUGGGCAAGCUGUGCAGCCCCGCCGCGGCUUUCGCGACGGCGGACCGGCAGCCCCUGCUCCUGGAGCUGCAGCGGCUGCUGAAGGUCCACCGCCUCGGCGCGCUGUGGCCCCUGCUGCGGCGCGCGCUGCUGUGCACCUGGCUGCUGCCCGACCAGGUCCCGGCCCUCCUCGAAGCCCGCCCGGGCGCGCCCGCGGCGGCGCGCCGGCUGAUCGCGGAGCUGCCCAAGUACUUCCCAGGGGCCUUCGCGCACCACGCCGAGGCCGUCGCGGGACGCCUCGUCGGCGCGGUCCCGCCCGAGGGCUCCCUCGCGGCCCUCCGCUCCCUGGCGGCCGCGGGCAAGCGGCGGGCCGCCGCCUGCGACGGGGGCGAGCCGUGGCCCGAGGCCCCGCCCGGCCUGGACCCGAAGCGGUACACCGACGCGCUGCUCGAGGCGGUCGCGGCGCAGGCGCCCGACCGGGCGGCGAGGGGGCCCGCCUGCCGCAAGGCCGUGCACGCCCUCGGGCUGCUGCCCCCGGAGGAGCUCGGGAGCUGA